AUGUUAAGUAUUCUAGGAGGAACUUUAUGGGGAGCUUGGAAAGCUUCGCUUCUUGUAUGUUUUGGUUCCGCUAUAGGAGCUACAAUAUGUAAUAGGUUAUCUUAUCAUUUAGGAAGAAACAUCAUAAGAAAAUAUUUUGCAAGAAGAAUGGAUAUUUGGAAUGAACAAAAACAUUUAUUUUUUUACAUGCUAUUCUUGAGAGUUGCACCAUUAUUACCAAAUUGGUUUAUCAACCUUACAUCUCCACAUUUAGGCAUUGAACCAAAAUUAUUCUUUUGGUCAACUUUAAUUGGAACAGCUCCACUUUCAUUCAUUCAUGCAAGAACAGGAGAAACGAUUCAUUUAUUGACCGAAACGGGAGGAGAAUUUACAUUAUUCACUUUUCAAAACAUUUUAACCAUAGGAUUAAUUGUUAUUGUCAUACUUACUCCUAUAAUAUUUAGAAAUUCAUUUGAUCAAAUAAUGAAAAGUGUAAAAAAAAAAGUAAAAAUUGAUGAUGAUUUAUUAUUUUUAAAUGUAAUAGAAGAAGAAAGAGGAGUACAUGAACAAGAAGUAGAAAUAAAAUUAGAAGUAAAUUAG